AUGGAAUUUCAAAGUAAUGAGACGAUGAUUUUAGAGGAAAAAGAAACGCCUUUUAAAUCUCAAAACUUGUACCUGGCUCAGAUACUUAAAAUAGAUCCAUCCAAACAUCAAUCAUUUGUGUUUGUAUUUGCAAUAAUGCGACAUAAUGCGUUGAUAGAUGAAUAUCUAUGGAUGGAACAGAGCGAUAAAUAUGAAUAA